UGUUCCAGCGAGCACCAGCUGCUCGGCGCCCCGGGCUCCGCUGCUCCUGCCCGGCUCCGCUCCGCGCCCCGCCGGCCUCCCCGCGCCCAACUUCGGCACCCUCCGCUCCCUCAUCUCCCAGCCCCCGGAGCCGGGAAGGGGCAGAAGGAAUCGAGGGGAGGCGGGGGAGGAACAAAAAAAAAAAAAAAAAAGGCAAAAAAAAGGCACCGACAAUAACAGCCCCCUCCCCCUCCCCAUUCAAAACCACAAAAUAAACCCCAGGAAUAGAUGAACUACAAAUGAGAAAGAGGAAAAGAUGGAACUGCACAUCCUAGAGCACAGGCUCAGAGUGGCCAGCAUAGCCAAGGAGAGCAUCCAGUUGUUUACCUAUGGAUUAAUCAAACUUGCUUUCCUGUCCUCCAAGACGAGGUGCAAGUUCUUCAGCCUCACGGAAACCCCCGAGGACUACACCAUCAUUGUGGAUGAAGAGGGCUUCCUAGAGCUUCCUUCCUCGGAACACUUGAGCGUGGCUGAUGCGACAUGGCUUGCCCUCAACGUGGUGUCUGGUGGAGGUGGCUUUUCCAGCUCCCAGCCCAUUGGAGUGACCAAAAUUGCCAAGUCAGUAAUAGCACCACUAGCUGACCAAAACAUCUCAGUGUUUAUGCUCUCCACCUAUCAGACGGACUUCAUCCUGGUGCGUGAGCGAGACCUGCCCUUCGUGAUGCACACGCUGGCUGCCGAGUUCACCAUCCUCAGAGUAGUGAAUGGGGAGACAGUGGCUGCUGAUGACUUUGGGAUAACAAAUGGAUUUGUCAAACCAAAACUAGUUCAGAGGUCUGUCAUUCAUCCCCUUUCCAGUCCGAGUAAUAUGUUCUGCGUCACCAGCCUGGAUCCAGAUACCCUUCCUACUGUUGCUACACUCCUAAUGGAUGUCAUGUUUUACUCCAAUGGAGUAAAAGACUCGGUGGUGGGCAACGAAGACUCGGGACAUAUUCGCUUUUUCUCCUUUUCUCUCAUCGAGGGUUAUAUCUCCUUGGUCAUGGAUGUGCAGACACAGCAGAGAUUUCCUAAUAAUUUGUUGUUUACAAGUGCUUCUGGUGAACUGUGGAAGAUGGUGCGGAUUGGUGGGCAGCCUCUUGGCUUCGAUGAAUGUGGAAUUGUUGCUCAGAUUUCUGAGCCUUUGGCCGCAGCCGACAUCCCAGCCUACUAUAUCAGUACUUUUAAGUUUGAUCACGCACUGGCCUACCAUUGCUCUUCCUUUGGCUUUAUAGGACGCCCUCAAAAAUGAGGAAUUUCCCUGGAAAGGGAAAAUUGCUGUGCCUGUAGCCAGAAGCAGAAUGGCUUGGAGCCCAUUUCCCUGGUCCUGAGGAAGGGAGUCAGUAGCCCAUGUGCUAACAAGGCUGCAAAACUCAGCUGCGUUAUGAGUUUUGUGGUGGUUUUUUAAAUGUGCCCUCUAUUGCAUUAUACUUCUCCUUUCAUCACUGCAAAUUCACUGCUCAGGCCCUACCUUUGACCUGUGAAAGCUCCAGUGAAUUCAAAGCAGGUUUUGGGGGGCUCAGGGAGAGCUUUAAUUUCACAAUUGGUAUGAACCAUUAGCAGAUGAUAGGUCAUGUGUGUAAAGAGUAAAAGUAAAUAUUAUUUCAGAUAACAAAGGUCAAAGUGUUGUAUAUGUUUGUCUUAUUUUCUUGAAUUUUAACUGUGCUGAUAAGAUAAGCUAAUAAAACACCAUUUAAAAAUCAA